AUGGGGAAGAAGGGCAAGCAAUCUUCGUCCACCGACGACAUCCUCAACACUCUUGGAGACUUCACCAGCAAGGAAAACUGGGACAAGUUCUUCACCAUCCGCGGCGUCGAGGAUGCCUUCGAGUGGUACGCAGAGUGGCCGGAGCUGAGCCAGCCCCUCCUCUCCCUCUUCGCCGGCGCUCCUUCCUCGCCGGAGAUUCUCGUGCCUGGUUGCGGGAAUUCGCGGUUGUCGGAGCAUAUGUACGAUGCUGGUUUCAAAAGUAUCACGAAUGUGGAUUUCUCCAAAAUUGUCAUCUCUGAUAUGCUUAAGAGGAACGUGAGGGAGCGGCCUGGGAUGAAGUGGCGAGUCAUGGACAUGACGAGUAUGCGGUUUGAAGACGAGAGCUUUGAUGCCGUGCUCGAUAAAGGUGGAUUGGAUGCUUUGAUGGAGCCGGAGUUAGGGCCUAAGUUGGGUGAUCAGUAUUUGUCUGAGGUUAGAAGACUUCUGAAAUCCGGGGGCAAGUUUAUUUGUCUUACCUUGGCAGAAUCUCAUGUCCUAGGUUUGCUUUUCCCCAAAUUCCGAUUUGGAUGGAAAAUGGCUGUUCAUUCCAUUCCUCAGAAGCCAUCUAACAAACCUAGCUUAGUUACAUUUAUGGUGGUUGCCGAGAAAGAGGAUUUCUCAACUGUCUUGUCGCCUAUAACAUCAUCAUUAGGACAUUCUCGUCUUAAUUCCGGUGGAGGUCAGGCUGCUGGUCUCUUUGAAGCCCUGGAAAGGGAGAAUCAAAUUCGAAAUGAAUAUUCAAGUGGGUCUGAUAUUCUCUACUCUUUUCAAGACCUCCAACUGGGAGCCAAAGGCAACUUAAGCAAGCUGAAUCAAGGUAGCAGGUUCCAAUUUACUCUAGGCGGGGAAGGCAAAUCCCGUUUCUGUUAUAGCGCCAUACUGCUUGACGCCAAGGAGAACUCGGGCUCAUUUUCUUAUCAUUGUGGAGUGUUUAUCGUGCCAAAGACACGCGCUCAUGAAUGGCUCUUCUCUUCAGAAGAAGGACAGUGGAUGGUUGUUGAAAGCUCAAAGGCAGCUCGUCUAAUUAUGGUUAUAUUGGACCACAGUCAUUCGAGUGCUAGCAUGGCUGACAUUCAGGCAGACUUGUCUCCUCUAGUAAAACCGCUUGCACCUGGAAUAGAUGCUGAGGAAGUACAAAUUCCGUUCAUGAUGGCCAGUGAUGGGAUCAAGCAACGGAAUAAUGUUCAUCAGGUGACCUCACAAUUGACAGGACCCAUAGUUGUUGAAGAUGUGGUAUAUGAAAACGUUGAUGAGGAUGUUGCUCGCCUUCUUUCAUCUAGAGAUUUGACAUUCCGCCGCCUCGUCUUUCAAAGAGCUGAAAACUUGGUGCAGUCUGAAGCUCUUCUUGUUAGAAAUGGAGCCUUAAAGAAUGAUCAAGAACAAAGAAGAAAAUCUAAGUCAUCUUCCAAAUCAAAAAAGAAAGGCAAUCAUAUACAGAAAAAUGAAUCAGGGGACCAACUUCAAGUUUAUCAUGAUUAUCUGGCUAGCUCAUAUCAUUUGGGAAUUGUAUCUGGAUUUGUUUUGAUUGCUUCUCAAUUGGAAAACAUGGUUUCAAGUGGGAGAAAGGUUAAUACAAUUGUGAUAGGUCUUGGAGCAGGUUUACUGCCUCUUUUUCUUCAUCGCUCAAUGUCAUUUCUGCUUGUAGAGGCAGUGGAGCUAGAUGCCGUGAUACUCGAUCUUGCAACAGAUUAUUUUGGUUUCUCCGAAGAUGAAUAUUUGAAGGUUCGCAUUGCUGAUGGGAUUAAGUUCAUUGGAGAGGUGGAGAAUCAAGCAAACUGUUCUUCCAAUGGGAAUUCACCUAAGAACGAGGACAAUACUAGGUCUAAGAUUGACAUACUUAUUAUCGACGUGGACUCGGCAGACUCAAGCUCUGGCAUGACUUGCCCUGCUGCAGAUUUCGUCGAGGAGGCAUUUCUUUUGAAAGUAAAGAAUGCCCUCUCCGAGCAAGGUUUGUUCGUGGUUAAUUUGGUCGCUAGGUCCCCUACGAUGAAAGACAUGGUUGUGCAGAGAAUGAAAACAGUCUUUGCCCAUCUAUAUAGCCUUCAGCUGGAGGAAGAUGUGAACAUGGUUCUUUUUGGCUUAUGCUGCAAGGACUCCAUUGAACCGAAGUCGUCGCCCCAAUCUAUUCGACGAUUGGAGAAGCUGCUGAAUUUGAGACACCCGGUAAUGAGCCAAAGCAUUGUGGAAGGCGCUAAGAAGAUCAAGUGCUUGAAAUGA